AUGUUGUCUCCUUCUUCCAGCUUCAACUUAAACCCACACAUCACACCCAAUUCAUUCCUAUCACAUGUCUCCAGAGCAGAAGGCGGGAACACCUCUGCCCUCUCACCAUCCACGACACUGAUAUAUUUUAUUUCUGGAAACCCAGGACUGAUAUCAUACUACCAUCUGUUCUUCUCUCUGCUUUCCUCGGAUCUAUCCCAGUCAUUCUCCCACGACCCCGGCGCCAAUGGCUCAUAUAUCAUCCGCGGAAGAAGCCUGGGAGGCUUUGAAGUGCCGGAAGCUCAAUCGGUUCAUGUCAAGGGAGAAGAAGACACUAAUGCAAAAAGCCCGAAAGCCCGCCUCUAUAGCCUAGAUGAACAGAUAUCGUUUAUGGAGCGUGAUUUAGAGGUGUUUGUUCGGACAUGGCAGGACGCCGCGAUGCAGCAGCGAAAGUUGGACGAAAGGCCCAGAGCGAAUGUUAUCGUCAUGGGCCAUUCGGUGGGAGCUUACAUGGCUAUGGAAAUCAUGAGACGUAGAAGAGAGAAAGCCGGGCUUCAGAGGAGAGUUGAUGGAGUUGUGCCUCAGAGCACCGGUGCUAAUGGCGGCGGGGACGAACUUGGGCUAGAUAUCAUCGGUGGUAUCCUGCUGUUCCCUACCGUUGUGGAUAUUGCGAAGUCACCUAAUGGGAGGGUACUGACGAAAUUACUAUAUAUACCGUCUCUACCUCUUCUAGUGAGUUUGUUUGCAAGGUUUCUUGUCCUGAUAUUGCCCGAGCUGGUACUCUACAGUAUUGUCAGCAGAUUUAUGAGAAAUCCUCGAAAGGAGGCCGUCGAGACAACCGUAUCAAUGCUGAAGAAUGCUCAUAUCGUCAGACAAGCAUUGCACAUGGCCGCAGAUGAAAUGAAGGAUAUAUCGGCUGAUAAAUGGAACGAUGAGAUUUGGGGGUUUAGUAGCCCUACUCAUGCCCCCAAGGACAGGCUUACGAAGAUGGUAUUCUAUUUUGGCCGGAAUGACCACUGGGUAGCUGAGGCCACUAGGAAAGAUAUCAUUCAGUCGAAGUCGAGAGCUGAACAGGACGGCUCGGGUCCAGUUCUGAAAGUAUGUGAGGAUGGGGUUGCUCAUGGAUUUUGUAUAGGGCAUAAUGAAAUAAUGGCGAAGAAAGUUGGCCAGUUCAUCAGGGAUAUAGUUCAGGAGUCUGGAUUAGAUAGUUAG